AUGGCCGUAACUGCGGCGUUAGUCAUGGAGAUUUCUGAACCAGAAAUUGAAGAAUGUGGAUACACCAACCAAUUGAAGGUCAUUGACAAUGGCAUUACCAACGAUGAUUAUUUGGGAUUAGGCGUACAAGAAUUUCAAGACGUGGAUUUGUUUUGUAAGGAAACAGUAGAAGAUUUGGACCAGGUGUGGUAUAUUCCAGACGAGGCGAGAAAGGAUGCUUUUAAAAUUAAACCGUAUCAGCUAAGGUCUCGCAACACAGGAGCUCCGUUUAGAGACUCUGGUGACAGCAAUCCAUCAUAUCAAGUUGGUGAUCCUCCCAAACAAAAUCCAUAUAUCAAUUAUUUAGUUCAGCAAUUUCAAAAUUCAAAUACAACAUCACAGAAUCCAGAAAUACCACAAGCUAAUCUACCCGAUGAACUCUUACAAGAGUAUGGGUGUGUCGAUAUGGAUCUUCCAAUAAUUGAAAGUGGAAAACCGCCGUCUCCGUUACUUGAUAGACUGACUUUAGUAGAUUCAUUUAAUGAAGUAUCAAUGAACGAUGUCAUUAUAUUCAGAGACGAAUCUUUAAUACCAUACCUUCAACGAAGUCCACGGAGCAGUCCAACAUUCAGUGGAUCAAAUAACACAAGUCCGAGAAGUAUUUCUCCAGUAAGUGACCAUGUAGUGCCUGGCGAAGAUGAUGGUAGAAACAGAAUUCUCAGAUCAUGUGAAAUACAAAACGAUCAAAUUGUACCAGAAUAUCAGUUGUACAUUGAGGAAUAA